AUGAGAAGUUCGACAUUAGUCAUAUGUAUACUAGUGUUGGGAAGUGGUAAUAUUGUAUUACAUUCUAGCCCUAUCUGCUGAAUUGGAUUUGGGUACAUCCUUAUUAUCUAUGGAUUUGUCUGAUAUAGCCCUUCUGGAUACUACAUCAAUGAGUUGUUCGACACCCCAGAAUGAGUUUGAGAGAGUCUCUGCUUAAAUGGCAGCUUGGGCUGAUAUUGUUCAACAUAAGGAUUCCUUACAUAGAGAUAUCGAUAGAUUAGAAGCCAUCAAAGAGCUCAUUCAAAAGAGAAAGUUCAAAUCAUUAGAGAAAUAGUUGAAUAAAUUGGAAUUGCCAAAGACUGAAAGCAAAAUUGGAGAACCAAUUUUAGCAGAGUUCAGACAAAAACUUAAAGGAUUAAGCAAUCCAGAAACAGCUGAUGAAUGUGAAGCAACUUUACUCAAAUUAUGCAUCUAUCUUCUCAAAUAAUUUAACAGUUGCAGAUAACAAUGUCAAUCCAAUCCUGUGACAGUCAUCAAAAUCAAGGGAAAGAUUAAGGACUUAUAAGUCGUUUAAUAAGGUUGUGGAUAACCUGCACCAUGUGAAGAUGAACCAGGUCUACCUGAUGAACCUGUUCCUGAAAUCCCAGAUGAAAAAGGUCCUGAAGAAAAAGAAAUUCCACAUGAAGAAGAACCAACUCCACCAACACCACCUGGAGAAGAAGAAAAACCCGAAAUUCCAGAUGAAAAAGGUCCAGAAGAAAAGGAAAUUCCUCAUGAAGAAGAACCAACUCCACCAACACCUCCUGGAGAAGAAGAAAAACCCGAAAUCCCAGAUGAAAAAGGACCAGAAGAGAAAGAAAUUCCACAUGAAGAAGAACCUACACCACCAACACCACCUGGAGAAGAAGAAAAACCAGAAAUUCCAGAUGAAAAAGGUCCAGAAGAGAAGGAAAUUCCAAAUGAAGAAGAACCUACACCACCAACACCACCUGGAGAAGAAGAAGAAGAACCAGAAAUCCCAGAUGAAAAGGGUCCAGAGGAAAAACAUGAAGAAAACGAACCUCCUGUUGAACCACCUGUUGAACCAAGUCCAGAAGAGAGUCCAGAAGAAGAAACAGAGAUUCCUGAUGAACCACCUGUUAAUCCAAAUCAUGAAGAAUCACCUGAAGAAACAACAGAAGAAUGGGUUGAAGAAAUUGAGGAAGAAUUCGAAGAAUUUGAAGAACCACCUAUUGUAGUUCCUCCAAUUGAACCACCCAGUGCUGUUGAAAAGACUUGUUUGAAUUCAGUGAACGAGAUAGUUUAUACAUCUUCUGUUGAUGAAGCUACUCCAUUAGUCAAUAAAUAAUUGGAAGGAGAAGAUUUAAGUUGUUAUGGAUUUGGAUUUUACACUAGAUGGCUUUAAGCUUAUCCAACAUUCUUAGUUCAUGGAAGAUAAUCUGAAAGAUAUUUCGUAGCAAGAGUUUCUGAAUCUGAACAUACAACUGGUGAAGUUAAUGAUAAUGCUUUGAGUGUAUAUUUGACUAAAGAAGGUUUGGAAUUCUAAUCAUAUGACAGUUAAGGAUUAUCAACAACUGUAAUUUAAGUUGGUGAUAUUGAAGGUAAAUGGAUUUAUGUUUAUUAUUCAUAUUGUAAUGAAAAAGCAGUUGCUGUUGUAAAUGAAGAUGGAUAAACAACAAUUAAUGAAAUUAAUGUUAGUCAUGAAAAACCAUCUUAAUUAUAUUUCUAAUUGGCUGGUCAACAAGGAGAUGUCCCAUCAUUCUAAGGUCAAUUUAGAUUAGUUUAAGCUAAUGCUGGUUAAAAUGUAUUCAUUGGAACAGAGACAGAAGCUAAUGAUUUUGUAUUUGCUUGUAAUCACUUACCUGAAGAGAAAUGCGAAAGAUAGAUAUCUAAUCUUCAUGAUUUCGAAUUCCAUGGUGCUGAUUCAUAAUUUGAUGCAUCAUCAGUUGUUGAGAAUACUGAACCAAUUUAUGCUCAAGAAUAUUCAGUUUCUGGUUGGUUCAAAUGGUAUCCUGUUUAAAAUCCAGAAUCUUGGUACUCAGCAUUCAGAUUAACAUUGAACAAUCUUGCAGUAAACCAAAAUGCCAAACAAUUGGGAGAUAGAGAUUUGGCAUUAUUUGUAGGAAGUGAAAAGAAGGAUUCAGUCUUAGCUUUCACAACAUAUACUUACUCAGAUUUGUAUGGAAAUGGUAACCCAACCUAUUGGUAGGCUAUCCCAUAUGAAAAGGAUUUGGUACACUGGCAUUAUAUUUACUUCGGUUACAACAGACAUAUCUCUAAGGCUUAUGGUUAUGUUGAGUUUUUCACUAGAAAGGGAGAAGUCCACUUUGAAAAUGUUAAGCAUUUUGAUGCUCCUCAUAAAUACUUAUAUGUCGGAUAAGAUCAAUUCUAUAAAUCAUACAGUGGUAAGAUCUUCAAUCUCCAUUACAAUCUUUGUGAUGGUUCAUAUAGAGAAUUGAAAUACGAUGAACAUUGGGGAUAUACUCCUAAGCCAACAGAUCCAGUCCCACCUCCUCCAGUUCCUGUAAUACCAUCAGAACCAGCAAGUGAAGAAGAAUGGGUUGAACCACCUAUUCCUCCUAUUCCAUCUGAACCUGAAGAGGAUAUUCCUUAUGAACCAGAAGAAGAAAACCCACUUCCACCACCAUCUUUGAGUGAAGAAGAAACUCCAGAAGAAACUCCAGUUGAACCACCUGUUGAACCACCUGUUGAAUCUGAAGAAGAAACACCAGAGGAAACACCAGAAAUUCCUGACGAACCUGUACCUGAUCCAGAUCAUGAAGAAGAACCAGAAUUACCUGAAGAUGAACCAUCAGUUCCAGAGGAGGAUGUUGAACCACCUGUUGAACCACCUGUUGAAUCAGAAGAAGAACCAUCAAUUCCAGAAGAAGAAGAACCAUCAAUUCCAGAAGAAGAAGAACCUUAACCACCUGCUCCAGUACCUUAACCAAAGUAUUUAUAUUUGGAUAAUAUUUACUAAGAUGUCCACCAACUAUUGAAGUUAAUAAAGACAAUGCUGCUGAUAUUUUAUGUGAGCUAUCACAUUAUUUGGGUGAAUUUGCUUAAGGCCAUGUACCAGUAGCUGGACCAAGCACAAAGACUGUUUGUUUCUGCAUGACUUACAAUGAAGGUUUCAAUUUUAAAUGUAAUUUUUAGAUUAUGCUCCACCAACUUUAUUGUAAUUGGCAUCAAAGAUUCCAGGACAUAUUCAAAUGAAUGAACCUAAAGUAGCAGUUCCAUUAUUGAAGAAAUUCAUCAAACAAAGAUAAUGAA